UGCCUCUGACUUGGCCUGUGUCUCUCUGUGUCUAUGCUUCCCUUCACUAGCUCUUGCUCUUAGUGCUCUCCCUCAUCUCUCUGCCUUUUCUAAGUCUCUUCACUGGUCUUUGCUUUUUUUUUUUUUUUUUUUUUUAUCUCUCUGCCCCUAACUGCAGAAUCUUCCUCUACUUCCAGGCUCUUUUCGGAAUCUGCAGGUUUCCCUCUGCAACUUCCCAACUGGGUUUGUUGGUCUGGUCAGGAGGGCCUUGGGUCCUGUGGCUGUGGGUGGCCUGGUGCCAAAGGAGGGAGGAGCCCAUGGGGGCGUGAUUGGCUCUAAAGCCACCUCAUAAAGACUGGGGCUGCACGAAGCUUUCUGGAGGAGUCCUGGAGGGGCUGUUUGUUACGACAGGCAGACCCCACGAGCUCAGCUGGGGCUCUGCAGUGUCAUGCCCUGGAGUCCCCUGGCUGCGCUGAGCUGGGCGCUGGUGCUGAGGCUGCUGGCUUUGCUGUGGCCCCCUGGACGGGGUGAGGCGUGCAGCUGUGCGCCUGCGCACCCCCAGCAGCACUUCUGCCACUCGGCUCUAGUGAUACGGGCCAAAAUAUCCAGUGAGAAGGUAGUCCCUGCCAGCAAAGACCCUGCUGACACUCAAAAACUGAUCCGGUAUGAAAUCAAACAGAUAAAGAUGUUUAAAGGGUUCGAGAAGGCCAAGGAUAUUCAGUAUGUCUACACGCCAUUUGACUCUUCCCUCUGUGGUGUGAAGCUAGAAACCAACAGUCACAAGCAGUAUCUUUUGACUGGCCAGAUUCUCAGUGAUGGAAAAGUCUUCAUCCAUCUGUGCAACUACAUUGAGCCCUGGGAGGACCUGUCCUUGGUGCAGAGGGAGAGCCUGAAUCAUCACUACCACCAGAACUGUGGCUGCCAAAUCACCACUUGCUAUGCAGUGCCAUGUACCAUCUCAGCCCCCAAUGAGUGUCUCUGGACGGACUGGCUGCUGGAACGGAAGCUCUAUGGGUACCAGGCCCAGCACUAUGUCUGCAUGAAGCAUGUUGAUGGCAUCUGCAGCUGGUACCGAGGCCACCUACACCUCCGGAAGGAGUACGUUGACAUCAUCCAGCCCUAGUAGGGACCAGGAACCACAUCCUUGGAAGCAUUCUGAAGACCAAGCCAGUUCUCUGUGGUCCUUUGACCAUCACCACCUGCUGUGUUGCUGCCAGAUAAUGGAAAAUGACAAGUGGAUGGCCUGGCCAGCAAAUGGAGGCUGUGGGGCAUGUGACAGCUUGUGUCUGCUGUUCACAUCUCCAGCUCACAACUUGUCAAGGGUUGGAAAGGUAUCUUAUCUGCCUUGCCCUCAGCCCCUCUUCCCUGUCUCCCAAACCCUGUUAGUCUAGCUUAUACCUAUUACUGAGAGUUUUUAUUCUGGCUUUGUUUAACUGGCUUUUCUUAGCUCAUAUGAUAAGGGAGAAGCUGUGACUGACUGUCAUAAAGUUGUACAACCUUGCGAUGUGUGCUAUGGUAGGUGGGCUGACUGUAUCCUGAGUGGGCUGUUUGGCUGAAGUGAAAAGAACACACUAAAGCUCCAGAUCUCCUACUCCCACUGUCUCAACUUAGCCUAAUUCUCUGACACACUUUUAUCUGCUUGAAGGACACAGUGGGAGCUGAACAGCCAGCCCGCUCUUCCUCUUGUCCUGCAAGUCCCCUGAUACUUUUGCUGACAGAAGGUCUGGCCCAGUUGGCAUACAUCUCUGGAAAAGAAAACGUACAUACUAGAACAAGCAUUUUCCCUCCAGGUUAAAUUUCUCUGUUGCCUUCUGUUGGUGUCUGGGGACUUCUCCUUUAGGUUGCUAAUGUCUCUUUUCCUACUUUAGAACUUCCUUUUUAAACAAACAAACAAACAAAAAAGGUGAAACAACAAAGGUGCCCUCGUCACGAUCUUCCUCAUCGUGAUCUUUUCCUGAGGCCAAGUUUCAGUAGCAGCUGAGAGGGAGAUAAUACAAGAUGCUAGUGUGGAAUACACCUUUCACUUGCUUCAAGCUUCUUCAAGCUGCUAGGUGUUACAGCAGGAGAAAGCCAGCUGUGACCCCAGAGUGUUUCUACCCUCCAGCUCAGUCCCCUUAUCACUGUGCCAGGCCCUUGAAGGCUCCUCAGCACCUCUGAAAGUCUUCCUGGUUUGUCUACAUGAAAAAAACACUAGCAAUAGCCUCUCUGGUUUAUUAAGUUGUAGAGCUCAAUGUCCCCAAAACCUUUUCCUGGGAAGAUGGUAGAGAUUAUCAGUUCUUUUUGACAGCUCAGGACCAGUUUUCAUUUUUGAUGUGUGGUCAACUGGUAAGCAGGGCCAUCUGUGCUGUGCUGGGAGAAGGAGCUGGAUUUAAAUACAACGAUGGAGAUCUCUUUUGGAGGAAGAAGUGGGAGGGGACCAACUAUGAUCUCUGUCCCAGAACACAGCACUUGGAAGGCUCUGGCAGUGAGACUCCAAGUGGGGUCAUCCAGUAAAAAUCUACACCAUGCUUGGGCAGGGGGUGGGGAUGGAGAGGAAGAUGCAAAGUAACCUCCAGGUUGCUCAAUAUGAAACAUCCUCACAGCCUUCAAUCAACCAUUUAUCUUUUCCUUCGAACUUCUGGGGGUGGACACAGAGGAGUAAUAGGAUUAACUCUGCCUUGUCACCAUUUGGAGGUGGCCAAAGAAAUACAAGCCUAGUGAAGAAUGACAGAAGCAAGAGCUUUUAUCUCAGAGGUUUUACACCUACCAGAAGGCUAUUACCUGAGGAAUCUCUUUGGAAUUGUGUGUACACUGUAUUAGAUAUCCUGGUCAAGGGCAGCUAUGCUCACUUGGCAUGGUUGGGAAAUUGACAUGUGGUGAGGGAAUGUAACAUGCCCAGUGACACAUGGCAAAGCUAGAGCUACACUCAAAAAUAAUGAAACUCCAGACUGCUGGCUCACAGAUUUGUUACUCUCUCACAUUAAAA